CUCUUUCUCUUCUUCUUCAUUCUCUACCUUCACCUGGAAUACUUCUUUUCUUUCUUUCUUUCCUUCUUUUUUACUCUUAUUAUUAUUCUUUAAAAAAAAAGAUAAUAAUAAUAGUAAUACACAUACAUAUAUAUAUAAUUCAAGGGACCCUCACCACCACCACCACCACUACCUCUACUACCUCUACUACAAACAACGACAACAGGUCUCUUAUUAAAAAUUGGAAAAGAGCCCCAACAUUACUCUCAUUUCAAACCAUAAACAAGUCACCAUCUUGAUCGACAAUGACUACACCUGAAAUCCACAGUGUGAUUCAGGUACUCCAGAAAGAGGUUGAAGAAGCCCAGAAUGAGAAUCUUGCUCUUCAGGGACAAGUAGAAGAAAGUAAAGACCGGGAGCGUGAAAUGACAAGGGAUAAUGAAUACUUGCGAAAGAAAGUAGCCGGCAUCCAACAUGAUAAUGCAACUUACGGUCACACUCAGGCCCGCCUGGAAACACAACUGUAUGCCCAAGAACAAGAAAUGGACCGUCUGAAGAAAGAAGUCCAGAUGCUUACAAGGUCACGCAAAGAAUCCGAUAAGAAGUUGGCUCAGGAGCUCCAAAACUUUGAAAAUGAUCGUAUGCGAUGGCAACAAAGAGAAGCAGAUCUCUACAACCAAGUACGCUCACUCAGUGCUAAUGGUGGCGAGCCUCGUACACCACGCACACCUCGGCGACGCAGUGUGACAGCAACAACAAUGAGCACUACCAUGAGCCCAUUUACGGGCUAUACUCUCAACGAUAUCGGAGAACACGAACAAGCCGAGGAAGCAAUGGACCUAACGAAUCUUACGGUUCCAAAACUGGCUCCUAUUGAUUCUUCUUAUGGCCGGGAGGCAAAGAUUGCCCAGCGGACCAUCAAGGCACAAGACAAGCUUAUUUUGGAUCUCAAGAACGAGGUCGAAAAGCAAAAGGGAUUAGGCCAAGAUCAAAGCGCCGAAGCACAACGGCAGUCAUUGCGCAUCGAGCAUCUAGAGCAUGAGAUUAUAAAUGUUAAACAGGUCAAUCGAUCCCUGAUGGAAGACAAUGAGAGUUAUCAGAUCCUGUUGCAUGAAAAGACAAUUAGUGGUGAAUUUAUGAUGAACCCGAUUAUGCAGGUAGAAGACGGUUUGGAUCAACAUUUGAAACCGUCUAGUAGUACUAGCAGUACCGGUUUCAAUCUUGCAGCAGAACUCAACAUGGCUGGGAUUACUCAGCUUAGUGAGAGUGAGAUGGCAAUGAACAAACUCAAUGAGGAAAACAAAACGCUGACAGAUACCAACCGUGCUCUGCAGUUGUACAUGAACAAGAUCUUGAUGAAGAUUAUCAACAACAAGCAGCUGGAGGAUGUACUUAGUAUCGACCAGCCAAAGCCACGGACAUCUAACGAGAAUCUCAAAGAAACCAGCAAUAACCAAAAGAGUAUGACCCAGGUCACCGCUGGCCCUGGUCCUGUUCCCACUCGCACACUUUCGACCAGUUUGGCGGGAAAGGCAACCGGCAGCACAACUGCCAACAAUCGUCAACAGCGUCGUCGUACAAUAUCUUAUUGGGGAUCAAAGGCCGCGCCCGUCAUUCCAACCUCACCUCUCCCGACUCCAAGCGGAAGUCUGGAUAAACCAACAACAACAACAGCAAAUACACGCAGACACAGUUCGAAUGCGGCCAAGGAACCCGAGAGACCUAAUGGAGGAUGGGCAAAGGCACUUCGCCGAAUGAGUGUUAUUGGCUGGUCUGGUAAUGCCAAUGCUAAGCCAGAGGAGAAUUCAAUUGAGCCCACCCCAGGGUCGUCGUCUUCGAGCGAUGAAAACGAGAGCAGUUCUUCUGACUCUGGCAACAAACUACUUGAACCAGAAGCACUUGCACCUAGCCUGAGCCGAUCCGGAAGCUCGACUACUUCUUCUUCUCUCCGUAGAAGCAACGAAUUAGCGACACUUGAAGAAGAAUAACGAUUUUUCUUUUAUCUUUUUCUUCAUCAUAUAUUCCUUCCUAACCGCCCUCCCUCCCUCCUUCGUCUUCCUCCCUUCCUCCUCUUUCUCCUUCUCCUUCUUACUUCCUCCCUCUUCUUUCUUUAUCCAUCCCUUUGACCAUUAUUAUCACCAUUCUUAUUAUUACUAUUACUAUUACUAUCUAUUUCCUUCUUUUAUCUUAUUCCGUAGAUCUAAACACUUUAUGUGUUUUUAUCUAAUGUAUUCCAUUCACUUCUUUUCCUUUUUUUAUAUCUCUUCAAUUCACAUUACCCCCUUUUCAAUUCUCAACAGCAAAGAAAACAAAAACUUCUUUAAAAAAAAGCUUUCUAUUAUGCAGACCCUUCCUUUCCCACUUCUUUUAUCUUUUUAACUUUUUCAAUUUCAUCCUGCCCUUUCCAUUCUUUCCAUUUUCUUAUCUCUUUCUCUUUAUUUCCCAUAUUGUUUGCAGUUUGCUUUUAUGAAUAUCCCAACCACAACCCCUCCAAAUAUUAUUUUGAUUACUCAAAUAAAAAUUGUAAAAAGUCCAACAUAUAUAUAUGUAUAUAUAUGUAUAAAAUA